CGUUUUGAAUCGUGCAGCCUCCGCUCCUAAUCUCUCCUAAAAUCUUAAAAAUCCUGAAGAAUCCGCCGUGAAUCAUGGCUGAAGACCACUCCGAUAGCUCGCUAACGUCCAUCGACGAUGAGGAGCGGACAGAUAACACGGAGAACUUGUGCGAAAACCCUACCCGCGAUAUCCUGACCGAGGGUUUCUUCCGGCUGUUCAAACCCGUUAUCGACGACCUGGAGAACAACAUCAAGGGGGCGAGCAGCACGCAGAACGAACUCCGCACGCAACUGGAAGAGCUGUCGGGAGAAAUGAAGAACCUCAACUUUGAAAACGAUCCCGUGCUGCACGAGUAUUUCAAACGAAUGGUGCGCGUUAAGCAGAAGGCCGUGGUGAUAAUGAACAUUCUUCAGGGUGCCCAGGAACGAUUGGUUCUGCUAUGCCAGCAACAGGAAUUGAACAGGACUCCGGAUCCUGCAGCGUCGGCUGUUCCUUAAGAACGCACACCCUGACGGUGUGUAUGAAGGUGCUACUGAAUUUAAGUAUUAGCCAUUUAUGUUUGUUUUCUAUUUUCUAACAUGAAGAACGAGCCCAAAGCUUAGGUUUAUUGAAUGAUGUUUAAAGUAAAGAGUAA